UUUCAUCAUAUCCCACACAGCAGAUACAAUGGUGACACGAAUAGCAUUGCUGUCAAGCGACCUCUUGCGAUGCAUAGGAGCAUACCAACGUGGGUACUUGCAAGAUAUGGCUCCUUUCGCUACAACUGCAGCUGCCACCACCACCCGACGCCUCUUUGAAGAAUGGUUUGCCACGUAUGGCCAUGCCCGCUUGCCCCUGUUUUUGUCGUGCCUGCCUCACAUGAGUGAUACGGUUGUGCUCCACGCCGUCGCGACCGACUGUAUGCAUCUACUGGACACCCUUGGAUUGGACCUGGAUGAUUUCGACAACCUAGUGCAAGUGGCUGCAGAACGUGGCCACCUGCAAGCCAUUGUCCGGCUGCACGAAAUGGCGUACGAGAGUGGCACGAACGACGCACUGGUGGCCGCAGCGACCAAUGGACACUUGAACGUGGUGGAAUAUUUGGCAGACUCGCACCGGACCAACGCGCACCAGGUUGCCCACGCAGUCGUCGCCGCGGCUGCUCGCGGAAAUAUGGCGAUUGUGCAGUUCCUGGCCAAGAAUGGAAGCAGCAGCAGCAAUGCCAGGGCUGCCUUCACCAUGGCGAGUGCCAACGGGCACCUACCGAUCGUCCGAUGGUUGUAUGAACACGGAACGCAAGACUGGAGCGCCGACGCGUUUACGCUGGCGGCAGCAGGUGGCCACGUGGAAGUGCUGACGUAUUUGACUCAAGUAAAGCCUCGACGCGGUGCGACGAUGCCCGCCAUGGACGCGGCCGCGAUGAACGGGCAUUUGAACGUUGUGCAGUUUCUCCACCAGUGUCGCCCCGCCGACGGAUGUUCGGCCAAGGCCUUGGAAGGAGCUCGUUUGAAUGGUCACACCGACGUCGUGGCGUACUUGAAACUGCACGGGGACCACUUGAUCCACGAAACGUGCAACGCGUGUGGCUUCCACAAGCCACGGGACCACAAAUGCAGAGCCAUAUCAUAACUAUAGCGUCAAUUAUUUAGAAAACUAACAUAUUUAUAAUAAGCAAAAUAUUUAAGCAACAACGGC